UUCACUUUUGCUGCUACUUGGUUAUCUUUUUGGAUAGCUCUCAAGCUAUGGCCACUCUUUCUCCAUCUCUAUCCUCAGCCUCAGCUCUCCCAAUCUUGCAACCAAAACUGUUUGCUUCAAAUUCCAUCCAAUGCUGUGAGAAGUCAAGGGAAUCUGUUAAGGUAACAAGUAAUGGGCUGGCUACUUUCCCUGAAAAGAAUGCUCUCAGCAGCUCGGCCGCCAAAGUUCCGCCUCCUCGGCCACGCCGGAUAAUCCUGGUAAGACAUGGACAGAGUGAAGGAAAUGUUGAUGAGAGUGUGUACACAAGAGUUGCUGAUCCAAAGAUUGGACUGACAGAGAAAGGAAUGGCUGAAGCUCUGGAGUGUGGGAGAGAAAUCAAGGAGCUGAUUGAGCAGGACAAAGCAGGGGAUUGGAAGGUCUACUUCUAUGUUUCUCCCUAUAGAAGAACACUGGAGACAUUAAAGAGCUUAGCUUGUGCAUUUGAGCGCCCAAGAAUUGCUGGCAUGAGAGAAGAGCCUCGUCUAAGAGAACAAGAUUUUGGGAAUUUUCAGGACAGAGAGAAGAUGCGAUUAGAGAAAGCCAUGCGCAUGCUUUAUGGUCGUUUCUUUUACCGCUUUCCCAAUGGAGAAUCUGCAGCUGAUGUUUAUGACAGAAUAACAGGAUUCAGAGAAACACUAAGAUCGGAUAUUGAUAUCGGACGCUUUCAGCCUCCGGGGCAACGAAACCCGAACAUGAACUUGGUGAUAGUCUCACAUGGCCUGACCCUCCGAGUGUUUCUAAUGAGAUGGUACAAAUGGACAGUGGAGCAGUUUGAGAGGCUUAAUAACUUUGGCAAUGGAAAAAUGGUUGUUAUGGAAAAAGGUUACGGUGGAAGGUACAGCUUAUUAGUGCAUCACACUGAAGAAGAGCUAAGAGGGUUUGGAUUAACAGAUGAAAUGCUGAUGGAUCAGGAAUGGCAAAAAUUUGCAAAACCAGGAGAAUUAAACUACGAUUGCCCAAUGAUGAAUUCCUUCUUCACACACUUCGAUGAAGAGGGCAGCCAGGAUGUGGAUCAUCAACAAAUUGCACCAGAAAGUGCAAGCCAAGAGCCUAAUUAUGGUUAACAGCAUCAUUACCACACAAACUACAUCAACAUGCCCAAUUAGGUGUUCAGUUGAAUCACUACAUUGGGGGGAAUCUGCAAUAUGGUUUUGUGUGGAAACCACAAAACUAGCUUCUUCUUUCUUUCUUUCUUUUUUAGCUUUUUCCCCUUAUUCAGUGUGUUAGAUCAAUUAAUUCUGAAGAUUUUAAGGUCUCGUUUCUUUGA